AUGGAAUGUCUUUUACCUAGUACUGCUUUUGACAAAGAUAAAUCAGAAGCUGUUGAUGAGUCUGGUGAUUCUACCAAAUGUGUAGAGUCAAAUCAGCUUAACUCGAGUUGUGGUAGCAUUUGUGAUAUUUCGACUCCGAUUUGUAACAACGAUGAUGAUAAGCCAGCUAGUUUUGGGAAUAAGAUAUCUUCAGUUACUACUGACUGCACUAGUUUGAAGAAGGCUGAGAAUGAUUCUGGUUCAUCGGAGGUGAAGAAUGAUGUUGUUGAUAUUGGUUCUAAAUCGCCUGGUUUGAAUGAGAGUUUGAAAAAGUUGAAGAAGCAGGGUGGUAGUUUCGCUUUGGAUGAUUCUUUGUCUAGUGUUUCGUUCAUGGAUAGUGACUUUGCUGCUUGUGUGGAUCCCCUUGAAUCUAUGGACUACGUGGAAAGUGAGGCUAAAGCUAAUGAGACCCGUACUCCCAUUAAGUCUCUUACGUCACCAGGUAGAGAGUUAGAGCUGUUCCGUGAAGACUACACUCAUUUUGAGCGUCCUCAUGUAAAAAUUAGUGACAUUGAGUUUAAGAAGCCGGUUGUUGACAACUCAGUUGCUAGUUUUGCAGAAAGUGAUUUGGAUGUCCCACCUGAAAUUUUGAGUGUUCCUCGUUGCUGGACUGACCGCUUUGAGAACGAAGUAUUUGAGGAUUCAAUUUCGGCCUCUCAGAGUCCCGUUAGAAGUUUGGCUAGUUUAAUAAACUCAUCUCAAAACGACAUUUCUGGUUCAUCAGUGAGACGUUUUAACUACGGUGUGGACGUCACUCCGAUUAGAUCUUAUAGCAGGAGCAUCAGUCGUGUUGGUAAAAAUUUGCACAACUUUGAGAGUUUCGACAACUUUGCCUCGGACAACAUAGAAGACAUGUGCAAGAUGGCAUCGAAUCCCAUGUAUAAUGUCAGCUUGUCUUAUGAAGAGAUUGGUCGAAUAAAAUUGCCUGAUGUGUUUAACAUUAUGUACAAACAAUUCAAGAACAUGUGCACUAUUGUUCAAAGAUCAACCAUCCGGAACGAGAAGUCUUACUUUCGUGUAGUAAAGAUGUAUCUUCAACGCAUUACCCGGAGGACUUUCAAAAUGGACAAUUUACUUCAAAUGGUCUGGUUGGCUCCCAACUUGGUGAACAUCAAAUGGGUUACCAUAACUGGCGAGACUUUAAAGAAAUACUCUUUUGAGUAUAAGGAUUCUACCACCAAGGCCUAUGACCUAAGCAUAAAGAUUCUCAGACCUGAUCUCGUAAGUUGUUCCACCACUGCUGAUUAUGAAGUAGCAUGCUUCAUGUUCAAAAAUAUUCUUUGCACCUGGACACUAAAGUGUGAGUGUGAUAGGAUGGAUAAGAUCCCAGUACCCAUUGCCAAGCUUCCACCCAGGAACACUCGAUCAAACUCAUCGACACCCCUAAGACUUGGCAGUUCAUUUUCAACACCAAGAAAAUUUAUUGACUCUUUGGGCACUCCACACAGACUUAGUAACUCACAGUUAUCAUCUAUGCUACUGGAUGAUUCACAGAUUACUCCUAUAAGGCCACUGUUACAACGUACUCCUACGAGGUCACUGUUGUCUCAACGUUAUUCUAGUAGACCACUAGUUUCAGAACGUUCCUCGAGUAGACCACUAGUUUCAGAACGUUCCUCGAGUAGACCACUAGUUUCAGAACGUUCCUCGAGUAGACCACUAGUUUCAGAACGUUAUUCGAGUAGGUCAUUAUCACAACUCACUCCCAUGAAGCUCGAUGGUACAACACCAGUGAGACCUAAUGAUAAGACUGAAGAAGAGAUGAACAAGACACCUGUUCGCAGUUUGCUGAGAAGUGUUAUGUACGACUUUUUGGAUGAUACUCCUAACAAGUCAUACAAGAUUACAGGUGCCAACUCAGUGACCCGUUCAUCUAAACGAGCCAAGACUAUGGACAUGGUGUCACCUAUGUGUCCUGACUUGUUGGAAACUCCUGGUAUGCGACGCAUUCGUGAGAACGCAAAGCAACGCGAGAUUCAAAAGAAGACUAACAUGGAACGUGAUAAAGAUUUAGCUUUCUGGAAUGAUAUGAAAUGGUUCAUUAAGGUUUUACUCGAAAUAAUCGUUGGUGACAUGUCACCUGAUAUUAAAAUCGAGUUUUUUGUAGACUUCAUGAAAAAGUAUGGAACUCGCAAGCCAACACAAGACCAAGUAUCAAAGUGGAUAGACGCACUAAUCGAAAUCGACCCCGUUAUCAUAUCUAAGUCAGUUUCUAAACUGGACAAUAAUACUACAAUUGUUACCAUCAAUAAAUCAGCAUCGCUCGAUAAAGCCAUAGACUACGUUGAUCAAAAAAUUAACACAUUCAAAACAGCUUGA